GAGUAUAGGGAGGACCCAAUCGGUAUCGAAAUUUCGGCAAUUCGCGACGCGUCCAGUGUAGUGCUACCCAGCGGUAUCGGUAUUUUCGCGCAUCGGCCACGUUCUGGCGCUGGUGGCCGGAUAGUAAGAACUUGAUUAGUGCUUGAUUGGAGGAGUUAUCGGACCAGAUUGUGCGGUGUAGAGUUGGAGGGCAGACCUCAUCGAUCCAGCUACAGUCGUGGUCGCCACGGCGGGUGUAUAGAACGGUGUCGUGGGUCCGGGUCGAGACGUGUGCAGCGGGGGUGCUCUGCCACAACACAGUUCAAGAAGAAUAGCGCGACGCCGUACAUCAGUGUAAAGUGCGAAGAAACCGAGAGUUUCGGGCACAUCGGCAAAGAAAGGAGUUACCGCGGGUAGUGUAGUAUACGAGUGACCCAUCGGCUAAGCGGUGUGUUUGUGGAGCCGCUUCCCCACAAGAUCGCGAGUGUUAGUGGCGAAUUUUGCCUACAGGGAGGAGGAAAAUUUUUGUUUUUUGAAUUUGGUUCGAUUCGAUUUUUUUUUCGGGAGGUUGAAGGAAGCAUUGAUCGUAACGGGUGUGGAGUGUGAAAAGGAAAAGAAGAGCUAUUGAAAGCGCGUUGUGGAUUAGGAAGAUACAGAAAAGCGAAACAAGUUGAUUCAUACGGAAUUCCUAUACACAUACACUAGUACAAAGAGAGUGAAAGAAUAGUGUUUUUUUUUCGAACGCCGCAGAAGAGUAUUAUUGAUGAACGCAGUACAUCGAGGGAUGGAAAGGCAUAACUGAGUUGCACAUAUAGAACAAGUGUAAAAGAGUGAUCGUUUGACGAUAAUUGUUCAAAAAGAGCGAGAAGAAGUGAGUUGUUUGAGAGAAGAUUGGGAACCAAGCUUGACCUGUUGCAAAAUCAGACAUCAUGAUGAAUACGUACAGCAAUAGUGUAAAUCAGGAAAACACCAUCCAGUCGACGCAGAGCAUUGCCGACUAUUUGGCACAGCUACUUAAAGAUCGAAAACAGUUGGCAGCCUUCCCCAAUGUGUUCAUUCACGUCGAACGUUUGCUCGACGAGGAGAUAUCCAAGGUCCGAGCGUCCCUGUUCCAGAUCAAUGGAGUGACGAAAGAGCCUCUGCAGCUUCCAGAACCGGAGGGUGAAGCGAUUACUUUGAACGAGAAAGUAUACGUCCCGGUGAAGGAGCAUCCAGAUUUCAACUUUGUUGGCAGAAUUCUCGGUCCUCGAGGCAUGACAGCCAAGCAGCUGGAGCAGGAAACGGGAUGCAAGAUAAUGGUUCGGGGGAAAGGCUCUAUGCGAGAUAAGAAGAAAGAGGAAGCCAAUCGGGGUAAACCGAACUGGGAGCAUCUGUCAGACGAUCUGCACGUGUUGAUUACCGUUGAAGAUACCGAGAACCGGGCAUCGAUCAAGAUCAAGCGCGCACUGGAUGAGGUCAAGAAACUGCUGGUUCCCCAUGCUGAAGGCGAAGACGAACUCAAGAAACGACAGCUCAUGGAACUGGCCAUCAUCAACGGAACCUAUCGGGACUCGAGCACGAAAGCGCCACCAGCGGAGAUCAGCUUCGAGUCGGUCUACGAUGGAUGGAAGCAACUCGGUGCCGAACAGCGAUUAAUUAACCCCGCCGCCAUCACGGGUCUUACGCAGAACCAGCUCGCUGCGGCCGCACGAUCAGCCGCCAAUCCACUCGGUGCUCCGCUGAUCCUGUCGCCACGAAUCUCAGUGCCAACGACCGGUGCCAGUCUUAUGACCGGUUCGGCGCCACCCACCAUCGAUCACACCACCGGACUGAUAUACGCAACCGCACCGUACGCCGACUACGCCAGCUAUGCAGCCCUGGCCGCCGGGAACCCACUGCUUGCGGAGUACGCCGAUCACAGUGUAGGUGCAAUCAAAACUCAAAGAAGGCAAUUCGCGCCUAGAGAUCAUCCUUACUAAAACCGGGCAAAGGGCAAUAAUCAGCAAACACGCAUAAAACCACCACACAUAAUUUAUAUAUAUACUUCUAUUAUAUAUAACUCUAUUUUUUAAUAACUUUUUUUUUGUUUUUAAUCAUUGUUAAUUCUGAAAUAGAUAUAAAACAAAUCUGCACUCACAUCUAAUAAUAAUCUAGAAGAUCUUACAUCUCAAAAAUAACUCUACUGAAUAGAUAAAAACGCGUCUAGAACUCUUUACUAUUAAAAACCAGUUGUCAAUAACGAAUCUAAAACCAAAACCAACUAUUCAAUCGCAUUAUUAAAACCAAUCACACAUUCAGAGAAAAAAGUACAGAAAAAAAACUGACAAUGCAACCACCCCCCGCGAGAGGAACAACAACCAAUCACCACCAAACCCCACCACCAAUCCGCCCGCAGUCUCUCGACUUCAGGCCAUUCAUGCAGUUCAACAUUCUUCCUCAGCUCAUCCCCGACCACAAUCUCUGUCUGUCUUCUCUAUUAUAUGUUUCUCUGUUUCUGUUUUACUGCAUCCCCGCACACUUGUCCACUGUGGAUCAAGGAGAUCCGAAUCAGAUCGAACAUUCAAAUCUAAUCCACCCCGAAAAAUGUCCUCGGAAGUUUUGUUGACUAACCCGAUGCUCCCGCUCCCCCCCUUCCCAUCACCUAAACCACCAACAACACUGUACUGUUACUGCGUUUGUAUCCUUGAGGUUGAGAGGAACCUUUUUCAUUGGAAAUUUGCAUUGAAGGGUAGAUCGUUUCACGUCCGUUUUCUCGUGUAAAAAAUCGCGAAAAUUAGGGUACGUUUCUAAAUCAGUCGAGUGACGAUGACGACGGUGACGCGACACUACUGUAUGUACAUGUUUUCGAAGCGGAUCCAUUUCAAUUUUUUUGCCAUUGGAGUACGAUGCGGGUGGACGAUCGCAACGAUCGCCGCCACAAGUGGUGACAAAGUCGAUUGAUGAUGAUAUCGAGCUGGAUAGUUGAUAAUAACGUAGGCAAAUGUUUGCUGGAGGGUUGGGGGAAAUUUCUUGGGAAUGUGGGAUUCUGGAUAACCUUGUUGACGGAAGUUCGUCAUUUUAGAAAUUUGGGAUUUUAUGGAAUCCGACGGAGAUUUUGUGUUUAUUGGAAAACACAUAUUCAAACGUGGAAUUUCUAAAGUUUUACCAAUAUGAUGAAAGUCUUUCAUAUUAGUUAAUAUUGGAUGAUGUCUUCGUACCAUUUCUAAUAUCUUGGUCAUUUGAGUGGAAAACAAACUACGAAAAAAUCCUAAACAGAAACUUUAUCUUUAAGUAAUAUUCGGAAAAGGUGUUUCAAAAUCUUGAAUUUGCAUGUAAUCUUGAAGUGCAUGUAAUAACAAUUUGGAGUUUUCACCACUUCUUUAUCUCAAGAAACUCAUUAUUUGGAACGUAUUCUUGGAAUUCUUCGAUAACAUUUCAGAAGUGUUUUUGUGUGUAUUUUUUCAAAGAACUCCAUCACGAAUCUUUAUAAAGAUUCCUAAAAGUUCAUCCAAAACUCUCACUGCGAUUUCUUUACUAGGCCUUGAAUUCUUCUUGAACUUUUUGAAAACACUGAUAUUCCAAAGACUAAAUUAGAUGUUUCUCUCAGUAUUUAGAUCGGGUUUCCUAUAGCCAUUUUUGCAAGAGCUGGUUUUGGUCGAAGAAUUUCACUAGAACGUUUUGUUUUGUGUACACAAUCUGUCAUUAAUUUUAAGUCAGAAUUUCUCUCAGAGUUGCUACAGGAGUCAACCCUGAAAUUUCUACUAGAGUUCUUCCAAGGAUGUCUAAGGGAGUUUUCCAGGAAUUUUCUGCAGGAGUUCCUCCCGACAUUUCUGCCAAAGAUUUUCCUGUAACAUCUUCAAGACAUUUCUGUGAGCUUUCUCAUAGAGUUCAUUCCUAGUUUUCAACAUGAGUUUUUCUUAAAGAUUCUCACGGGAUUUAUUUUGAAGUUUUACCUGAGAAAAUUUCUCCCGGAGUUUCUCCUGGAACUUCUCUCAGAGGAUUCCUUCCGAUGUUGGUCCUGGGGUGUCUGUCAGAGUUUUUUCUGAAUUUAUCCUGGACUUUCUCCUAAGAUUUUUUUUCCGGAGUGUCUGCUGGGAUUUCUACAAGAGCUAUUGCUGAUAUUUCUCAUUGAAUUCUGGUUUCUUUCAGAGCCAGCCUGUUUCUCGUAGUUGUACCGUAUUUCUUGCAGUGAUUCCCAGAACUUGUUCCGAAAUCUUUACCGGAAAUUGUCCCGAGAUUCUGGAUACUUCUUCAGGGAUUUCUUUAAUAGGUAUUCCCAGGGUUCUUGCUGGGAUUUUUCCUCGGGUUCUCCUCAGAAUGUCUCCUGGGAUGACAUACGAAAUUCCUUGUAAGAAAUUCCCGGAGAAAUAUUGGAAGCAAUGCCCGAAACUCCACAAAGUCUUAUUGAAGAAAUCUCGACAGGAACUUUAGAAACAAAAAAACCUGAGAAUAAAUGAAACAUCUCGGAAAAGAGUUCUAAGAAUAAUCCCGUGAAAAAUCCAAGGAGGAACUCAGAAAACCUUUUGGAAUCCUGGGAUCAGGUAUAGGCAAGAUUCCGUGAGGAAAUUCUAGAGUCGAAAAACUUUUAGUAAAGAUCCCAAGAUAAACUGUUGGAAAGCUAUCCCGGAAAACCUUUGAAUUAUUUUGGAUGGAUCUUCAGUAGUAAUCCAGCGAGAAUUUCCGAAAAAAUAUCGGGAGCUACCCCAACACGAAAAACUUCUACGAAAUCCAGGAAGGAACUCUGGUACAAAUCCCAGGAACAACUCUCAGAAAUCUUGGAAAAUGUUUACUUAAUUUUUGGGAAUGUUCUUGAAUAGUAUUUGAAGAGGAUUUAAUUUGAAAGCGAUAUGAAUUUCAAGAAGAAGGCUCUGGGAGCUUAUUUUACAGAGAGUCUUAUUCUAGCAGGAUCCCGUUACAGCCAUGUAGGAAUUCUGAGAUUAAAUUCUUCUAUUAUCUUCUAGUGAAUCCCAUGCAGCGUUAAUGAGAAAACUUGAAUAAAAAUGCAUAACAAUCUGAAGAAAUUGCUGGUAAAAUCAUUAAUCUAUAUUUUAACGAGUUAACUAUAAAAUCACUAGCUAAAUAAACAAACAAAUUUUUAGGAAUGCAUUUCAGGACUGCUUCAGUAGGUCGGCUCCAGAGGCACGUUCUCCUCCAUUUGGGAAAUUUGUGCCAUAAAACUGCUUAUAUUUGUGCGGGAAUGCUUACAAAAAUUCGUUAGGAAAAUAUUGAAGACAAUCAAGAGGAGUCUCAGGACGAAAACUCCGGCAAAAUAUUGUUAAAAUUGUAGGAUAAAAUUCCUUAUAAAGCCCCUCCAGAUUUAUACCAGAUUGAAUUUCAAGAAAAAGUUUUUUUUUUGUAGAAUCACUGAACAAAUUUUUAGACGAUUAGAAGCUCGACUGAAUCUGAAGAAUUCAUUUGAGAAAUUUAUAAAUUUGUUUUUUAGAAAUGCUUACGCGUUUCUGAUGGCAAUCUGUAGUAAUUCGCAAACAAUUAUAGGGAAGAACCUGGAAAAAGCUUCUGAUGGAAUCCGAAGAGGAAUUCCUGAUGGCAUCUUUGAAACAAUGCAUUGUUUGGAAAACCUCCUACAAGAUACGCUGAGAUGUUCUUACAGUCAGCCAUACUUUAGUUAAGAACUGCUGCCAAAUAUAGGUCUUAUUUUUAAUUAUAUUUCAGCUGGCAUUCUUGUAGAAAUAUUUCACCCUGGGAAUAAUUCUAAUGGAAUUCUUGGAUGAUAUCUUUGUGGAAUCGCAAAAGGAAUCCCCAGAGGACAUUCAAGAAAUAUUUAGACAAAUAUGUUGUUGCAACUGUGGAGAUUUCUUCGAAAACAUCUAUGAAAUAAUUCGUAAAUUACAGCUUGAAUAUAUUUAGACGAGGACUUGUUCGACUGGAUAACACAACAAACAUUAUUACUAUACAAUGGAUGAAUCAUCCACUCUUAAUCAGCUACCUUUCUUACUCGAGAAUACUUUGAUUUUAUUGUUUUUCAGCUUACAGUCUCAUGAAUUACGUUGAUUAUUUGAUUAUCAUCGCCAACGUAUCGACACGGGUAGUGGACCUUCCGCAGGGCCCAAAAAUUGGAUAUAUUUAAUUCUGAAUCAUGUCAGAAGGCAAUUUCUAGUUCAAUCUGUUAUAAAAUUAAUGAACCAAUACCUAAAAGAAACUAUGAAAUAAUUGACUGUUUGAAUUUUGAAAACAAGCUUUGGAUAACUUGAGGAACUCCUUCAAGAUACCUGAGAAAACCCUUGUUGGCAAUCAAAAGGAAUGGCUCAACCUCAAAUAUUGCUUGGAUUUUCCAAAUAAGUUCUUUUUUCAAUCCCUGGUGGAACUUGUGGAAUCUUAGACGAUUGGCGAAUCUUUGAUUGUUUAAUAAAUCACUGGAGAUUUUCCUGAUGGAAUUGAUGAAGAAAUUUAUGAAAAAGCUUUGUGAAACAAAUUUUCAAUAAAAUAAAUGAAUAAUUUUGGACAAAUUUCAAUAUUUCCAGAGGAGCAUUUGGGAGAACUCUCAGCAAGAUAUUUUCUUAAAUAUUGCGAUUGCGAUUGAGUUUCUUGGAAACUUUCUAAUUAAUCCCGAAAAUAAGUAAAAAUUUUAAAUGUAUAUUUUUAUGUUGUAUCUCACAUUUUCCCGAAUUUUGCUCGUUGACUUUGAACUGCUGGGAAAAAGUCAGCUCGUCGAGAAGGAUAGAUUUAUUUAUGAAGUCAUUGCGAGAGAAAUGUAGACUUCCUGAACGAACUUUCAAUAGAAUCUCUGGAGAAAAUCAAAAAGUAUCAUUUUUAUGAAUUUCGUAAAAAUACAAGAGAAUUUCCCUGUGAGGAAUUUGAUAACAAGCUCAUUACUAAAGCUUCUAUAGAACUCUCUGAUGCACUUUAUGUGGAAGAUUUGAUUUCAGAACUAACUCAAAAAGUAAUGAAAUAAAUCUGAAACAUUCUCUAUCUAGGUAAACUCUCUCUUGAACUCGUCUGCAAGGGCAUAUCUAAUUUCCAAUAGUUUCCAGCGGACUUCCUUAAAAAAACUUUUGCAAUACAGGAAACCGUCAAAAAAAAUUCAUUAGUUUCUUUAAAAAGUUUUCAGAAAUUUGUCUUGAGGUAUUCUACUCUUUGGGAGAAAUUUCAGAGUUUUUCACCUUAAUCAGCAUUUCCAAAUCAUUUCCAUUGAUUCAAUCCAAAACCUUUUUCUUAAAUAUGAAUACAUGUCAUAGAUAGCAGAAAAUCUAGUUAAUAUGUGAGGAUCGAACAAUUUCUCAAAAGUUUCAUUUCUGCUGAAGUUCGCUAUAACCUUUACUGCUUUUUCUUUGAGAAAACUUUCACAAUUUUUCUUGAAGUUAAGUUAUACUCAGAGUGCUUCAAAAAUGAUUUUCAUAAAUAAAAAAACUCUGUUUGGUUAUUUUGGAUCUUUUAAUGCAUUCAUUAGAGAGCUUCUGAGCAAAACCCCAAAGUAGAUGUAACACAUAAAUCUAGCUAAAAUCUUAGGGAAGCAUUUAUUGUUAUUAAAAGAGAAAUUAAAUCUAGAACAAGCUGAAGGAAAAAACUAAGGAAUCUUCCUUCCCUUCUCCUGCUAGCAAAUUUCUGAAGAAGAAUUGGAAUAAUACCAAGUAGUACUUUCAGAACGAUCUGGAGAAUGUAUAAAUGAUUUUGAAGAUUUCCAGGACAAUCUUUUAAUGGAAAUUUUUGUCGAACUUCAGGAAGAUGUACGAAAACUAGAGAAAUUCAAAACGGAAUUCUGUAAUAAAUUUGCAUAGUUUGACGAGAACGUUAUUCUAAGAUACCUUGUCUUUGGCUCGGUAGCUUAGGUGACAGCACUCACCUGGCGUACAAGGGUCGUGAGUUCAAAUCUCACCUGAGUCUAUGGAUUUUUUUUUUCAUAUGUUAACUCAUGCUUUAUCCAUAUGCAUAUAUGUACUCAACAAAUGGUGAGUUCGUUAGAAGUCAUAAUUGAUUACAAGGACUAGUAUUCCAAAACUUUGCACUUUGAAAAAGAUAAAGUACUUAUUGGUUCCUCAUUUACUAUCAAUCAAGAUCGUCACCAAUCGACUUUUCCACCGCGCAUGAAAGAACCCAAAAACCCCAAAACAACCUGACUUGUACCACUACUGACUCCAACACAAACCCCACCACCACCUGACGACAAUCAAAACUGAAAUGCCUUGUAGCAAUUAGUAGUAGUAGCAGCAGCAGUAGAAUGAGAGAGAGAUGCAUUAUUCGUUAUGACUUUUUCGUAUUAACUUGGUGCCAUGGUAGUCUCGAAAUAUUUACAAAUAAAUACUUCUCUACUAGAAUGUUGAAAAUUGAAAAGUGAAAAGAAAAGCAGAAACAAUCAACAAUGAGAGCAAAGCUUUUGUUCGUGUCUUCUCAAACACACAAACACACACACACUUACACAUAUAACAUUAAAAAUAUAUUAACAACAAGUGCGCGACAAAACGUGAGCGUGAGUGAGAGCGAAAGAGAGAAAGAAAGCGCGAUCGUGAGGAACACUUAUCUCUGAUGAGUUUUUGAGUUUAUUUUUAAUAUAACAACAAAACCCCAACACCCACACGCGUACAUACUUAUGUGCAAAAUUACACCCACACACACAAACAAACACAAAUACACAGUUAGGAUGUAAGGACAUUUAUUAGGGAAAUCCCCUUGAGCACUGUUAGAGAAAAAAAAAGAAUAUAAAAUUCGUCAGAAAAGUGUGCUAACACCGUUUUUUCCUUUGUGAGGGCAAAACUAGCCAACAAAAAACCUGAUCGAAUCAAGCGAGAGAUUUUUACUUUUAAUAUUUAACACAAACAAAACAAAAAACGGAAGGUCUGUCUGUCAGAGGGAUGGAAUGCAGAAUCCUCGAUUCGUGUAACACAAAAAAAAACUGAAACAAAAUUAAACCGUCCCAGUGCCUUCAAUCCCACCCCGUCGUCCCAGGGUCGAGGAAGCGACGUAGCGCCACGGGGAGAGCACGGGACGACCACGUCGGAAUAACACGUAAUCUCAGAAAUUAUUAAUAGUUAGAUGUGUUUUAACUGUGUAGACUUAACUUAGUAGAGCAAACUGUAUAGCGCGUUAAGUGAUGGAACAAAAACAAACGAAAGCAAGUUAUUUUAUUUUUUUUUAUCAGUAAGAUAAAAUGCAAGUCUAUUUUAUUAACGUAUUAACAAAAGGAAAACAAUUGCAAAUGAAAUUGCAAAUAAAACAAUAACGUAACUAGCAAACAGAGAAUGAAGCAGAUGUGCAAGAAAAGAUGCAAAACAUGGAGCAAAACCAACAGCAACAAAACAAGCAAGAAUCCAAUAAUAACUCAUCUUUAAACAAAACCUAGAAACAA